AGUGCGUGCGUGUGCGUUUUUGCUUGGACCGGAGAUUUCAGUUUCGAUUUAUACCGCUAGACUACGAAACUCCCAGUUAAGAAACUAAAUAGCAAACUCCGACAAGUAAUAAGUGAAAGCCGCUGAGUGCAGUUCUUUAAAGAAGCAGGAGAGACUGUUUUGAUUUGUGGAACUUGAGAAAUCACGUGCCCCUCAGACCGUCUCUGCACGUCCCUGAUAGGGUUUACCCCAAAAUCAGAGCAGAAUGAGGAUCCUGAAGACAGCCUUCCAGCUCAUCCUCCGAGGAGAAGCUAGGACUUAUCACAACACCGUGAGCAGCAAAGACUUCCUCUUCAAAGUUCAUCCGUCCGUGUCUCAGGCUGUGGCUCAAAACAAGCCCGUCGUCGCACUCGAAAGCACGAUCAUCACACACGGCAUGCCCUACCCGCACAACCUGAGCACCGCGAAGGAGGUUGAGGCCAUCGUGCGAGGGGAAGGAGCCACUCCUGCCACCGUCGGCGUCAUUGAAGGGGAAAUCCGUGUCGGGUUGUCGUCAGAGGAGCUUGACCACCUCGCUCGUUCCAAGAGCCCCCUGAAGGUGUCGCGACGGGAUCUGCCUUAUGUCGUCAGCAAAGGUCUCUCCGGGGGAACAACGGUCUCAGCCACAAUGAUAGCGGCACACAGAGCUGGCAUCCCUGUUUUCGUCACAGGAGGCAUCGGAGGAGUUCACAGAGAUGGACAGAACAGUCUGGACAUCAGCGCAGAUCUAACAGAGCUCGGCAGAACUCCCAUCGCUGUUGUCUCUGCCGGAGUCAAGUCUAUCCUGGACAUUGGCCGUACCCUGGAGUUCCUUGAGACACAGGGCGUGUGUGUUGCCACUUAUGGAGCAUCUGACAACUUCCCAGCAUUCUUCACUCCAGACAGUGGAUUUACCUCCGCGUGCAAUGUCCACGACCCUAGAGAGGCUGCAGAACUCAUUGCAAACGCUAUGUCUCUGGGUCUUCAAAGUGGCGUCCUGAUAGCCGUCCCAAUCCCAGAAGAAUACGCAGCCGCAGGCCGUCAGAUACAGGAAGCCAUAAAAACUGCAGUGACAGCAGUCAGUUCUGAAGGUAUCACGGGCAAAGACGUAACACCUUUUAUUCUGCAAAAGGUCAACGAGUUGACUCAAGGAAAGUCACUCCAGUCCAACAUCGCUCUCAUUCAUAACAACGCUAAAGUUGGCAGUCAGAUAGCUUGUGCACUGUCAAAGCGGAUGAGUGAACAAAGAUCAAAAAGCCAACCUCAUCAUCCUGGAAACCCCCCAAAACACUCAGAUGUUGUUGUUAUAGGAGGAACAAAUGUAGAUUUUAUUGCCAAAGCGAAGACCAAAAAACUUCAAUCCGGACAGACAAAUCCAGGAAGCGUGUUUCAGUCGUUUGGCGGUGUGGGGCGGAACAUCGCUGACUCUUUGAGUAGGUUAGAUAAGAAGCCUCUGUUCAUCUCUGCCACUGGAGCUGAUGCAAACAGCGAGGCGGUCUUUAACCACUGCAAACAUAUGAACACAAGCGGUGUGGCCAGGCUGGAAAAGCACAACACGGCAACAUACUGUGCCGUUAUGAAUGAAAAUGGAGAACUGAGUGUUGGCUUGGGAGACAUGGACAUUCAUGAGCAAAUUACAGAACACUAUGUUUCGCAGUUUGAAAGGCAGAUUUCGUCCGCCACACUUGUGUGUAUUGAUGGCAACAUCCCCGUCCCCACCAUCAACUAUGUAUGCUCUCUUGCUGGGAAGUACAACUCAAACAUUUGGUAUGAACCGACAGAUGUUGAUAAGGCUUGUAAACCUUUCCUCUCGGACGCCUGGAAGUCUUUGUCCUACUUGUCCCCAAACCUGAAAGAGUUGUGCAUGAUUAAUAAAACUCUGGGUCUCACUGCGCCCGAAGUUGAUGUCGUGCUAGAGCUGCCAAGCACUCUGGAUGGGAUCCUCCUGCUUGCUGUGGCUCUCUCACGCCCUCUUCUGGAGAAUCUUCACUGCCUGGUAGUAACUCUUGGGCCUGAUGGUGUGCUGCUGUGUGGCGAGCACGACGCCGGCUCAGUGGACCUGCGGCCAAGGACACACAGAGGAAAGAGGCGUCUUUGUGGGCUGCACUAUCCAGCGUUGACCGUCACCCCGGAGGAAAUAGUGAAUGUAUCAGGCGCAGGAGACAGUUUUGCAGGUGCCUUGAUGGCAGGGAUUCUUCAGGGAAAAGACACGGACCGUUGCGUCCGGAUGGGCCUACUGGCUGCGAGGAUGUCCCUGGCAUCACCACAUCCCAUCUCACCAAUUCUCACCUUAGAUUCUGUGGAUCCUGACAAAGUCCCAGCAGAAAACUGGCCCACACCAGGCUUUGUUUGGAUGGACUGAGAUUUAUAUUUCAGACAUUUGUUUUAUCUGAAUAUGUGUGUUACCUUAUUAUUAUACUGUAAUACAAUACUUGAGGUUACUUUGUCCUCAAUUUUGCUAAGAGUCCUCUCUUUUUUUCUUUUUCUUUUUGCACUGUAAUCUCAGAAUCAUAAGUUUGGUUUGAAUGAUCAUCCUUUAAUUUUUGAGGAAUGUGAAAAUGUAUCUCUAGU